GGAAACUCAAUGACAACGACAAUAUCGCUACUCAACCAUACGUCUGCCACACUACCUUCCCCCCCUCCGCGUCCUGGCUCCCCUUCGAAACACUCUGGUCCGUCAAUGCUGAACAACUUCUCUCCUCCAACGGUGGAGACACCUACAUUACACACUACAUCCAGUCCGCCCUUCUCUCGACCGGCUUCAUCUACCGACUCGACCCGCGCCUCCUGCUCGCUCCAUGCGCUUGUCCCGCUGAUGGAGGAGAGUGCGUGUGUGGAAUCAUGCAAGUGCCUCAUGGCGGAAGCUUCAACGAGAAGGAUGCCGAGAAGUCGGUGAAUUGUAUGAUAGGGGCUGGAGGGGAUGCGCUUAUGCACGCGAUGAAGACGGAGGGGUUAAAGUCGGAUGCAUUGCUGCUGGCAGGAAAGAGCAGGAUGAGAGAUGUGCUUAGGAGGUUUGAGAAGGUCGUGGGCAAGGUAAAGGGAAAGGGAGAGGAAAUGGGGCGAUUUGAGAUGGAUUUGGUGAAUCGGUUGAUGUGGUGGAAUGGGAGAGGGAAAGGAUUCGACGGGUGUUUGUGAAUUGGAAACCGGUGCUCUCUCGUGUCGUGGCAGUGUUUUUGAUUAACUAGACUCGUUCUUGGCCG